ACGAGGCUUGUUCUGUAGUAUACUUCUGUUUUAGACUUAAAGCCCUGAAGUUACAAUAUAGAUGGAUUUUACAAGAUCUCUUCCACUGAGAGAGUCCAGCAGUUGGAAAAAGAACUAGCUUUUCAGUUGGUGGAGCUGAAGACAGAAAUAGAAGACAAUGGGGUACUGCAGGGAACACCAAGUAGAGCUUACAGCUCUGUUCCAAUACCAAAGGAUGCUACUUACUUCAGAAAAGAAAGGGAGGUAACACUGAACAAAGCUUUACAGGUAGCUGAGGCAAAACCUCUUGUUGUUCAGGCGGAUGUCAUGCAGAGGGAGCUAGAGAGCUGUCUGAGAACAGAGUAUACAGCAGAAAGCUUACCUCUAUUACUGCACCAGUUUUUUACAGACAGAAUUAUCCACCUGGUUCAAAGUAAAUACUUACACAUGCUUAGAUGGAAGAGAUUUUGUAGGCACAGCAGUGUUAUUGAACAGCUUUAUCCUCUCUAUCAGAAACAAAUUGGUCACAUUAUGCAGGAAUACCACGAUGCUGUUCAGAGGGCUGCAAGACUGUCAGUUGCACGACAUAACUUCCUGGCAGGAAAGAAAAAUCCUGUACCUACAGUGACACAGGAAGACCUGGUGAUUUACAUGCAGUGGUUAGUUUGUCACCUACACUCUCUCAAGGCCAUUCACAGCUACCUUAGGGUACUCCAGUAUUUGCCUCUGUCACACAGAAUGGAGGUGGUAAUACACCCCAAGGUGGCCCAGGAUAAUGGAGAGAAAUUCAGAAGUGCCACUGUAUCUGAAUCCUUAUUUUCUAAUAUUCACAUCUCUCUUUGCCCCAGCACUUCACAAAGAGAGGGCACAGCCCUGAACUGAGGACAGCAUAGAGCUAUAUCAGCCAGAGCAGUGUCUCUGGGAACUCCUAAUGUUAGGAACCACUGGUCUUGAACCCCGGCCUACAGAGCACUGAGAAUUGCCAGAAUAGAAGCUGGACACUGAAAGAGGACUUCAGUCAUUGGUGGUAAACCCAAGGACACUGCCUUGGACUUCAAGCCCUGCCCCUUCUGACUGAGACCCCAAUCUUUCUG